AUGGCAAUCAAUAGAGUGGCCGCCGUGACCGGAGCCAACAAGGGCAUUGGACUCGCGAUUGUCCGCAAUCUUGCAUUGACAUACCCAUCUUCACCGCUGAAAUCAGGCCCAUUCACCAUCUACCUCACCGCCCGCUCCGACUCCCGCGGCGCCGACGCCGUAGCUAGCCUCAACGCCGACCCACAGCUCAAAGCCGCCAAAGCCCUCGUCCAAGAUGGUGGUGACACGACCAUCAGGUUCCAGACGCUGGACAUUUCUGAUGCAUCAAGCGUGAAGAAAUUCGCCGCCUUCCUCUCCUCGGAACAUCCCGAUGGCAUUGACGUGGUCGUCAACAAUGCAGGAAUCGCCCUGGAUGGGUUUGACAGCAAUGUCGUGCGGAAGACUCUGGAGACCAACUACUAUUCCCUGCUGAACACCAGCAAAGCAUUGCUACCUACCAUCCGUGAGGGUGGCAGAAUGGUCAACGUCACGUCCAGUGUGGGCAAGCUCGACAAGUACUCGGAGGAGAUCACGGCUGCGUUCCAAGAUGCGGCCAAGACGAGCACCGAUGCCGUGACCAAGGUCAUGCAGCGCUUCCAGAGUGCAAGCGAGAGUGACGAAGACGCGGAGAAGGGCGUCAAGGCCGCGGGAUUCCCUUCUGCGGCUUAUGCCACAAGCAAGGCAGGCGCCAAUGCCGUCACCAUGGCUCUUGCUGUGGAGGAGAGAGCAAAGGGUCGAGGUGUACUUGUCAAUGCAUGCUGUCCUGGAUUUGUGAACACCGAAAUGACAAAGGGGCGAGGAAAGAGGACGGUCGACGAGGGCGCCAAGACACCCGUCUUCGUAGCUCUGAGUGACAUAGGCGGCAAGAGCGGCGAAUUCUGGUACAACGAGGAGGUUACUCCAUGGCAAUAG